UCCACUUGAAGUCAGGUACCUACUGCAGUGUUGCGCCUGAUCUUGUAUAGUGUCGUGUUGUUUAGUGAAGUGUGUUUUUUUUUGAUCCUAAGUGAAAAUGGCGAUUAUUCUCUUACCGUUGUUAGCAGUGCUGGCCGCUGUUUCAGCACAAUAUGAUCAAGCACCUCUCCAAGCGAAGGUGUUCCUUUCUGACCCUUUACGCAAGAACGACAUCCAUGGUAACCUAACGUUUACCCAAGUGGACGCUCAUAAGGUCAGGGUAGAGGGUGUGAUCGUUGGUCUGCCCCCUGGCCAGUACGGCUUCCAUGUACAUGAGAAGGGAGAUAUUACAGGAGGAUGUCUGUCUACGGGAUCCCAUUUUAAUCCUGAGCAUAAAGACCACGGUCACCCCAACGAUGAAAAUCGUCACGUCGGCGACUUAGGGAACAUUGUCUUUGACGAGAACUCUGUAGCAACCCUGGACUUUGUGGACAGUGGAAUAGCUCUAUAUGGACCGCAUUGCAUCUUAGGAAGAGCUGUGGUUCUUCACGAAAAGGCUGAUGACUUCGGCAGAACUGACCACCCAGAUUCAAGGAAGACAGGCAACGCCGGGGGACGUGUCGCGUGCGGCGUUAUUGGCAUCUUGUAGGAUAUUAUAUUAAUUUGUUAUAGUUAAGAAGUUCCUCUUGUGAAGUUUAUAAUUUUUGUUCAGAGCAUUAUUAUGUAUCAUAUAAAUGAUGUAGUCCAAUUCAAUGCCAUUCUUUAAGCAGUUGAGAUUAUUAAGGCUUAAGUUUUGUAUCACGAUUUAUAUUUCACACUUCAACUUAGUCGUGCUUGAAUAUCAAAGGCUUAAACAUAAAUUUACUAAUAGCACAGAAUAUAUAACAGUACAUGCUAAUAGACUCACUAUUUAACGUUCAAACAAAAUUGUAUAGAAUAUUUAAUAGAUAAAGCUCUGAUGAAAACAACUUCUUAAUGAUAUUAUUUAAUUGUGUAUAAGGCCAUUAUUGUAUGUGUACUCUCAUAAGUUAAGAUCAGCAAACAUAAAAGAAAAUUAAUAAACUUCAUAAACAUUAAACACAAUAUAGUACACGCAGCGUAUUUCCAAACUAUACAUAGCCAGAACGCAACCAUAGGAAACUGCUCGUGUAUACUUUGUAAUGCUGUUUUUAAGUUUGUUAUUACACGAAUUUUGCGUACUGAUCGUGUAUACUUGCUUCUUCGUUCCAAACUAUACACGAUCAGUACCUACGCAAAAUAUAACUAAAUAUACCUACUACACCACUUACGCUUGAGCGAAAUAAUAAAUAGGCGUAGGCAAUCAUAGACUUGUACAGCUAUAUCUAUCUACUUUCAUUCUUCUUGAUUGAUUCAGUAAAAUAUGGAAUAAAAAUAUUAUUAGGUGAGCUUAGAAAAAUAAAUAGGUAACAGAUAUAAGGGUUACCUAUGGGUUAGGUUAGGUUCGUGUUUUUUUUAACUGCACAAAAAUAGCCCGCGGAGCGGGGCUCCGUCGCCUCGCAACCGUCUUCUUCUGGACUUAUUAGAUUCUUACAUUUUAGCACUAUUGUCAAUUGUAAGUCGUGCUGCAUAGUCGGGAACGAAGACACAAGCAUCCUCGAUACAAAAAAUAUACGAUCAGUACGCAACAUUACAUACACAAUACACAUGCAUUUUAAUAAUAGAUUUCAAAACAGCAAUACUAUAAACGUAAUAAUAUAAACAAACAAUAAUAUAAACGCGAGCAAUGGAAAGACGCCGCGCUUACUCCGACACAUACACGAUUAGUCCGCAUGCGUACUGGCGCUGUAUAUUUUGGAGCGUUAUUCUUACUUACUUCACUACAAAGUAUACGCGAGUAUUUGCGUACUGCUGUUGUAUAGAUUAGAAGAACUUUGUAAAAAAGUUAUUUCCAAACUAUACGUGAUUAGUUUCAUACCGUUGCGUACUGGCCUUGUAUAGUUUGGAAAGACGCGUACACGCACACUAAAUGCCAAUGUUUUUUUAAUAAAACCUUCUUAUUCUGCACUCAUAAAUCUGUUAAAAAUGAUUAGUUUCAUAAAUAAUGGUAGUAAAUAAUAAAAAGAACAAGUAUUCGUUCCCUCGAAUGGA